GAAAAGAAACGAAGAUAAAGAAUACCAACACCCCUACUCGCGUAGUCCUUGAAAAUAUAUCAACAUCGUAAUUGAGGGCUUCAAAACAUCGCGGUCGAUUUUCCAAACAUUUUCCACCCUGAGAUGGACAAUGGCACUCCGCGGAGUGGAACCUUAGACGAGAACACACCCCUUUUGGGCCAAAGGAAGCACAAUAGCAACCUCUCUAUACGUUUCCGAAAGCACAUGACUUCCAAUGUCAGCAAACACCGCGCUGAUGUCGUCCUCCUCUUCGGCUACCUCAUCACCGGUUUGAUAGAUAGCUCAGCCGUUUAUAUCUGGGGAGCGUUCGCGUCUAUGCAAACCGGAAACACAAUCUACCUCGGCCUCGGCAUCGUCGAACCGCAAGCUUCCACCCGCUGGCUCAAAUCCAUCACCUCAAUCGCUUCUUUCUGCCUAGGCUCUCUCUUCUUCAGCACCACCCACCGCCUGCUCGGUCCCCGCAAACGCAUCACGUUACUGCUCAGCUUCACUCUUCAACUCCUCCUUCUCAUCCUCGCUGCUUUGAUCCUAACCCUGACCACCGCGCCCCCGAAAGACUCCAACGAGAUCCCAUGGAACGUCGUCGUCCCCCUCGCCGCUAUUUCGUUUCAGUCCUCCGGCCAGGCCGUCACGAGCCGCGUCUUGCAGUACAGCGGGCUCACUAGUGUGGUGCUGACGAGCAAUUAUUGUGAUUUGUUUAGCGAUCCCAGGCUGUUCACGACCGGCUUUAGGGAGAAUGUGGAGCGGAAUCGGAGGAUUGCGGCGCCGGUUUUGUUGCUCAUCGGGGCGGUGGGAGGAGGUUUGUUUGCGCAUAGCAGCGUAGGCAUGAAGGGGGCGUUGUGGGUGGCAGCGGGAUUAAAGGCGGGAGUGAUUGGGGCUUGGGUGCUGUGGCCGGCUGAGAGAAAGGAGGAGGAAGAGUAGAGGUAGGAGACGAGGGAAGCGUAAGGUCAGCUAGGGAGGUGUCUGGGUAGUUAGAACGAGAGCAUGACGCCUCAUGUAGGUGUCCUAGAACGUGAAAUCCGUGUGCAUAUUCGCUCCGGGGAUGAAGAAGAUCCCGAAAAAAAAAGAACCUACUGAUGAUAACAUUGGUGGCUUUCGUGCUGCGGUUAUCCAAGAUCGCCAAGGCAGUUAUUCUAAGCAUCCUGACUCCCUUCCAUUCGUGAAGCGUA